AUGAUAUAAAAAAAAAUCGUACUCAAACUCGCUAUUAAAUAUAAUCCACCAAGUCUAUUUGUUAUUUACCGAUAUAAUUUAAGAGAUAAAAAACUUCGAAGGUCUUUUAAUUUCAAUAAUUUAGAUAUCGAAUUGAGCUUAAUUCCUUAGUUAAUUUACCAACUCCAGAAUUAAUCACUUAGCAAUUAUACCAUGAACAUGAUGAAUAUUUAAACGAUAAUAAUGUUGAAUAUGAAUAAGUACUAAGAUUGGUUCAAAUGUUAUAUGAACAUCAAUAAUAAAAAAGUGGAACAAGAAGAUCAGUCAUCAAAAACCUUGAUUAGGUUGAAUCUUAUAUAGAAAGUGACUAAGAUGAAUUAAAUAAGAGUAUUAUGAUGGAACGUGAUGAUAAUUGGUAAACUCCCCCAAAUAGAAGAACAGGUAAUAUGAUAUCAUUUAAAUCCAAGAAACCAUCUAUCCAAAAGAUAAUAGUAAAUUUAAAUAAAUUCCUUCCAGUGAAAGCAUGAGUUUGAGUUUAAGUGGAAUGCAAAAUUUUAUGUAAGGAUAAUAAAAAAAGACCAAUAAUCUUACCUAUUUGCCAAUCAAUAACUUUGAUGAUUAAGUUAACAAAAACAGGCGAUUUGUAGAAGACUAAAUUCAAUAAAACUAAUAAAGUUAUUUUAAGAAUAAAUUUAUCGAGCUACCAUAGCCCUUACUAAACAGAAAUAAUUAAAGAAUCAAUAAUUAUUAUUGA